AUGCAGUAUCGUCAUGAGGUGAAAGUGUUAACUAAGCUGGAAGAAGCUAAAGCUAACCUGGAAGCUCCAGAAUUAGGAACUGAGUCAGUGCGGACAGCGAAGAUGAAGAUUGUUGAAGGUUUAAAACUGAGACAGAACGUUGAGUAUGUCGUUGAGAGCAGUGGUGUAGGAGAAAACAAUGUGUUGAGAUCUUUGGGAGGAAAGAUGGCUUUGUACCUAAUGGACUUCAAAAGUGAAAAUACGUCAAAGAAGUACUUCGCCGGAUUUAAUCGUUGGAAGUCAUUCAUUAAUGAACAUGGUUUUUCUGAUUUACCAGCCGAACCAGUACAUGUAGCGUUAUACUUAACAUUUCUUAUUGACAAACAUUCUUCACCAAGUGUAUUGCAGUCCGCGAUUUAUUCUAUAAAAUGGGCUCACGAAUUAAACGGUUACAUAGACCCUACAAGCAAUUCAUUCAAAACAUUACUGUUAGAAUCGUGCAAAAACUGGAACGGUAAACUAGUCGUGAAAAAAGACCCAGUUGAUAACAUUAUGCUUAGAGAACUAUGUUCUAUAUAUCAGGAUUCUAGUGAUUUAUUAGUGAUUAGGGAUUUAACUAUGAUACUUAUAGCUUAUGCAGUAUUGUCCAAGUACACCCCUCGUGACGAUUUCCGAGCAUUAGGGUUUGACACAGGUUUCCAUAUCGACCAAGUCCAUGAGGUACGACAUGGUAGAUCCAUUUGA